CUAAAUCAAUUAAUUGACCAAAUUUUGAGAGUGGUGAUUUCCCACCCUUUCAUAUGAAUAGCACACCGUCUUCCUUUUCUUCCUUUUUAUUUCAUUUUUUUUACGGCUAUGAAAUCGGUCAAAUAUAUCUGCAAUGUAAGAUGACGAUACACAUGUAAGUUGUUUGUUGAAUGAGUGCACUUUCAUGUUAGACUAUUUCCCUUCAAUUACUUCCUGUACUGCCUCAAUAUAGGAGGUCAGCGUCUAUCAAACAACAUGCGUAAACGACCAAGUCCACCAAGAACAUUAAAAUGCCCAGAAAAAAACGUUAUAAUGUGCGAUUUCCACCGGGCCGCAUCAAACGGAUCAUGCGGAAAAACCCCGAGGUUGGGAAAUUGGCGAUGGCGGUGCCAGUGCUAAUAUGUAUCCUUUUUAAUGUCGUUAUUUUGUUCUGUUCGACCAGCAUUUUUCUGGAGUAUGUUUUCUACUGUCUCUGUAGUUAUACCAACUUAGCGUUUGCACUAGCCAAGAUAUUGGAGCUCUUCGCUAGAUCCCUCGUGGAGAGGGCCAAACGGUUCACGCAGUCGAGGAACGGCAGGACAUUACAAGUUCACCACCUGAAAGAAAUCGUGGACUCUGACAGCAGGCUGGACUUCCUGAAGGAGGCUGUGCAGAGUGCCUUUAGCACUGCUGAAGCCAAAGAGAACCAUAAGAGAGCCAGCUGGCCAAGACACAGGAGAAGGUGGCAGGACACACCUGCAAAGACGAAGUCAAAGAGGGAGGAGGCCCCAAAGCUGCCUCCAGAGGUGGCUGAGGACCCCACGCCCCCUACAGAGCCCACGGACCCCACAGAUACCACGCACCCAGCGGACACCACACCCCCCACGGACUCAGCGGACACCACACCCCCCACGGACGCAGCGGACACCACACCCCCCGCGCUCCACAAGCACAAGGCCCUCACGUCCCCAAAAAAGAGGGCCAUCUCCGCACCGCUCUAUGAAGACGACUCCUCAGACAGUGAACCCAGGCUGUACAUCUGCCUGGAUUAAUAGUCCAACACAUUUCUCUCUGCCCAGGUAGAGUAAGCAUUAUGGACUUGCAGGGAAGCUGGGGGUGGGGCAAAGGGGUCAGUUGUCCUGGGCCCAGAAUUGCAGAAUUGGGUGAGCUAUUACAUUGAAUGCAGGCUUGUAUUGUGCCCACCAUCCUUCAUAUAUUGAGGGAGUAUUUGUGAUAAAUUUUGUUAUUAAGUCAAAUGUAAUGUAAAGUAUUAAUAUUGUGUAUGUGUACUGAAGCGUAAUAUACUUUAUUUAAUCGCCUUUUUUGUUGGUUGAUUUUCUGUUUCCUCUUCCUCUUGUUAUUUUCAAGUACCAUAAUUGAAGAACAUGAUUCAGUGAAUGUUAAAUGCUGUUUUUUGUAAUACGAAAAAUGCCUGAUUGGGAUGGAAUUUCAUUUAAUAUACAAAUGGAGAGCUAAGUAAAACACCUUUUUUAUUUAAUUUUUUUCCUGUUUGUUUUUCUCAUUCCUUUCCAUACGUUGAACAAUUUGUAAAAACACAAAACACUUUUAUUGCUGUUUUUGUAAAAAAGUAAAAAUGCCUGAUUACCCAUUCUAAGCGUAAAGUUGUCUAAUUUGAUUAAGAUAUAAAUAAGAAAUCGGCAUUUUGCACAUAGUAGUUGGGGGAAAAGUACAGGCAACAGCCAUUCAUUAAUACUCAAAAAGCUUUUAUUCAGGUGAGUCUGUGUCAAGUCCCGUACACAUCAUCCACAUGUCUGUCCUUGUCAAGUCCCUCUUUCAGAUCUGGCUAUUUGUCUUUUGCGCAAUAAAUGUACAGCGCUGUGGUGAAAAGGAGUCCUCUCUUGAUGUUCUACAGUGCAGACCCAUUGCUAUUGCCGAUGCCAAUACAGCCAGUAGUACGGCAGCAGGCAGCGCUGGAACAAUAGUGAAGAGAAUAGUUCUUCAGGAAGAGAACUUUCCGUCUCGACCAGGGGUGGGGAACCUUUUUCAUUCGAGGGGCGUAAAUGUCCUCUAAGGGCCGUACUGUGAACACAAACCAGUAUUUCCCCCUGCAAUUUAGGUCUAUAUUGAAGGCAACCACCUUUUAAAAUGUAACCGAAUUGUAUUGCAAAUGUAAUCUCUAAGAUUCCUUUACAAAACAUGUUAAGCUGCAUGACAUUAAUAUAUCGGGGGCCGGACAAUACGGCCUCAAGGGCCGUAAACGGCCCUCAAGACAUAGGUUCCCCACCCCUAGUCUCGACCAAUAAGGAUCCUGCACUCACUGCUCCCACACAUGGGCAGGUGGGUUGGAAUGGACUAGAGUUGAGGAUCCUUAAGCAACCAAUUGGUGUAUGCAUGUUUUUUUUUUAAUCAAUACAAAAUCAUACAAGACUGAAAAGUGUCUUUACAAAGUGUUUGUGAUAACUCAUUAAAAAAAACCACUUAAGUGAAGCAACAAAACUAAAGAUGCAGUGGUUUGUGGUCAUUACAGUUGUAAAGAUAGACAAUGGGAGCGAAAGCUGCUCGAUAGGUUGGGGUUUCCUUUUCUGUGCACUUGAGUUAAUCUCAACAGUGCUGUAAUAAUCUGCCUCUCUGCCCCUCCGUCCCUCCCUCCUUCCUAAACCACUA